AACUAAGUGGAAGUUGAAGUCGUGUUGGGUCGCGUCGCAUCUGUACAUGUGCUUGUUUGGAAUAGAGAGCCUGCGUGGAGCAUCCUCCCAGAGGACAUGUUUUAUUUCGAUUUUAUGAUGACAAUGAAUGCACAAGAGGUUUACUCGAGCAUGUCAAGCCUAUCUAGCUAGUAGUAGAGGAAGAAAUGUAGGCAGGGAGUAUAUUGCCAAGAAUGCCAUGAUUGUUUAGCAUGUAAAGAGCAACUCAUCCCCAGGUCUUAGCUCUAGCUCUACUGGCUACAUUCAUGGAAAUGUCACAAUGCUCCAUUUAUUUUUAUUAUGAAUGUUUUCUCAUCAGCCUACAAUGUACAGCAGCUACAAGACAUUGGUUCUUUCUAGUCUCGUCUGAGUGGAGUUGGUUUGACGUCGGAGUGGCUGCUUUUGCCGCAAUGGCUCCCAUUGAUGUCACAAUAUUGAAGGUGAAAGAUCCCAGUCAUUUUUGGGCCAAGGAGGUCCCUGGGCCCAAUUCAUCCAUCCAGGCCGCGGAGUUUGUCCAACUCUCGGAAGAAAUUAAGGAAUAUUGCAAGCAUGAGCAGUUCCUAAACAUGCACACCUACAACCCAAAGAAGGGAGAGGUUUAUCUUGUCAGGAAGAUGGAUGGAGAUCAAUGGUAUCGGGCCCGAGUGACCAGCAUCAUACAGCGCAAGCACCUAGCUGAGGCAAGCUGUUUCCUCCUAGAUUUCGGGGAAACCAUCAAACUCCCCACAAACAGAUUACGCGACAUUCCACCACACUUCCUCAAGCUCCCAUUCCAGGCAAGGGAGUACUGUCUGUACGGCAUAGUGCCGCUCUCGCUCAAAGUGUCCUUUGAUGAGGACAAGGCAACAAUGCAACCGGCUGCAAAAUGGGACACAGCAGCUGUGGAAUAUUUUGACGAGCUGCUCAUAGGUAAGUCGGCCAAGGUGGACAUUCACCGUGCGAGAGAAGAUGGCGUGUCCCUAGUUACCCUCUUUGUCAGUAUUGAUCAGCAACAGAUGAAUGUAAAUGAAGACCUGCUGAGACUGAAUUUUUGUGCCCGAAUCGAAGAACCUUUGGCCGUUGAAGUUACAGCCCCCAGGACACCGGAGGGGAGACCAUCAAGUGGAGCCAGUGAAUCCAGCACCCCUCCUGCCCGUUCUCCCACUUCGCUGUCCCCAAAGAGUGCAGACAAGACGGAAGGGGCUGCAGCAAGACGGAAACCCAUCAACGCCGCAAUGUCGCUCAGUGCGGAGGCCAGAGAUGGGAAGACGAAACUCACUCUGAGGGACUACUUUGGGCUGCCUCCAUUGAAGCAGGACCAACUAAAGACACAUGCGACUCUCAGUACAACUUCAACUAGAUCCCUUGAAGAGGAUACCCCUUCACAGCAAAUGGAAUCAUCUGUGCCAUUGGUGAAGGGAACCCAUCCCAAUCAGUCAUCUGGGAAGCUUUCAUUUGCAGGACGGGAACUAGCCUCUAAGAGUUCAGUGCAAAACCUCCCUGUCAGCAGUGGGAGAAAUCUAGACUCGCCAAGUGUGACCUCUACGGUCUCGUCAGUGUUAAAGACGACGGAGGGGUCGCCUCAGCAAACCUCCCCAUCAUGGGGUGAUGCAGACAAGCUUAGGUCUUCUGUGAGCUCCACCAGGGAAGUUCUGGCCCGACUGCAAGCCAUCAAGGAGAGAUCGAAGAACUUGGGGGCUUCUCAGGAACAACCGGCUGCAUUGCGAUCAGUCCAGGAUGGAUGCAGACACACCGCCUCAGAUAAACCCAGGCAUGAACUCUUACAACCAGCUAGCCGCUCACCACAAGAAACUCACCAACAAACUACGCCCAUCACCCCUUCAGCAUCUCUCAAUACCAAACAGCUACCAGCAGAUGCGCCGAGACCGAAAUCAAAAUCUUCCUCACCUGUGAAAAACCUUCUUACCACUGCAUCAGGGGCUACCAGGCUGCCGUUUGCUGUGGACGGUAGAUUCACACUGUCGGCGGAAGAACUUGAAGUGAGAGCGGUGACCCCUCCGAAGACACUGCCGAGUCCAGCAAGGCAAGAACUGAGGAAAUCUAGACCCGGAGAAACAUCCUCAGACCCUGACUGUUACAGCUCAUCCUCUGAUGAACCGAAUCAGCAUAUGCCAUCAGUAAUGCCCCAAAGCAAGGUCAUAGGUCAAAGGCUUCUCAAGCAGAUCUCUUUAGCUUCUGAUCAGUCACCAGCCUCAGACUUGCAGGAAGGGCUGUACUCUCACAUCAAGAAGACCUCGGGCAUCCUGGUUCACGGUGACCGGCCUCCCAGACCCAUGAUUUCAGUCGAGCAGGCACCCUUCCCAGAUUCUAUCCGAAAGAAACUGUCCCAGCUGGGCUUCCCAUCUCCCAGUGACAUCCAAGCUUAUUCCUGGCCGAUCAUUCUCAGAGGGACGGACAUGGUUGGAGUGUCCGCCCCCAGGACUGGGAAGAGCCUAGCUUUUCUGCUUCCACUCAUUACUCAAUCAUUGCAACCAUCCACAUAUUCCUCACUGCCACCCGGCAACGGGCCUCUGGUGAUCAUUGUCUGUCCAAGAUGGCGGAAGGCAGCCGAGGUGUAUGACCAGUGCUGUAAGUUCUUGCCCACUCAGCGGGGAAGCAAGGUCAUACUCAUCCAUGGUGCUGGGUCUGAAGAACAGCAAGAGGUUCAAUUGCUGAAUGGCUGCAGUAUUCUGGUUGCUACCCUACCCUGUCUCCUCCGAAUGCUUCAAGACGACCACACCAGCCUCAACAGACUGAGUCACUUGGUCCUUGACGAUGCUGACAUCCUUUGUGAAGACUUCACAGAUAAGGUAAAGGAGCUGAUGUCGGAGUAUGCCACAGUCCUCUCCAGGCCCAACAGCCAGCGUACCGCCCCCAGGCAACUUCUCCUCUUCUCCUCCCACUGGACCAUGGGCCUGGGGUCCUUCGUCCGUGCCUACAUGGCCGACCCUGUCGUGGUUAUUGCCUCGACACUGGAGGCAGCAGUGUACGCCCGUGUUGGACAGGUCGUGCUAAGACAAGAGCCCAGCGAGCGAGACGGAUUCCUCCGAGGCCUGCUGGACUCGGACUCGCCGACUCAGGCCAGGAGGACCGUCAUCUUCGCCAACACCAAGGAUCAAGCCAAGCAUCUUCAGGAGGUUCUGUUGGGCGGUUUCAGUCAGUACGCACUGCUAGCAUUCAGGGGUAUGCCCCAGCAUCAUCUGGAGUCUGUCAAGGAGGAAUGGUGCGCCCACCAGCGUAGUAAUUCCCAACUUAUCCUUGUGUGCACAGACAAUGUUAUCCAGGAACUUGGCAUCACUAGUGCCAACACGGUGGUCCACUACGACUUCCCUCCCUCCAAGCAGAAGUUUGGCCUACGACUCAGCUGCAUGACAGACCACUACGCCUCCCAGCUGGAAGAGGCAAAAGUGUCAGAUUGCCGGUCUAUCCUGCUGAUCUCCAAAGACGACACAGCUCUCAUCCCCGGACUAGCCAACCUCUUGAAGAGGUGCAGUUUUGCAAUCCCCACCCAGCUGAACUUGGAUGCAGCCGUACAGGAGAAGGAAGAAAGCAAGAAAUGGAAGCCUCUCUGUCACCAGCUCAAGGCUUUUGGCGAAUGCGGGAAUGGGUCUUCUUGCGUCGGCCGUCAUGAAAUGUUCGCCGAUGUGGACACACCGGGUUGCAAUGCCAAGCACAUUCCUCUUCCAUCAGCUGGCAUUGCCAAGAUUUUAGUCACUCACGUCGUGAAUGCAACAAAUUUCUACGCCCGCCUCCUGGAGCAUCGCAGCACCGAGGCCAGUAACCCCGUCGCUCUUCCGACGACCCACUUGGACCUGGCCUUCGAGAUGGCCUCGUGGUUCAGUGACCCUGCCCACCGGGUGAGCUGCGAUUCUCCCGUCGCCAGCGACCUGUGCGGCCUGGAGGACGGGUGCCAUGUUUUCCACCGGGUCAGGGUUCAGAGGUCAAAGCGAGGAGGGAGUGCACUGUUUGAGGAGGAGAAGGAGGUUCAGUUUGUAGAUCAGGGAAGAAUUGAGCGGGUACCAGUCAACAAGUUGUUGAAGCUGCCUGAUCAUCUGCACUCUAAACCGUACCAGGCUGUUGAGAUCUACGUGUGUCGAGUCAAGCCGGUAGAUGGUGACACUGAGUGGACGACGCAGGCUGGCUUCUUCGUACAUGACAAGAUUCAUGACAAACAGCUAGAAGGAAAGAUCACUCUCAGCUUGGGUAACGUUUUGUGGUUAGACCCAGUGGUACAACGGGUCCAUCUGCCCAGCAUCAAAACCACGGUCAACGCGCACAAUGUCCGACAGGAGUUACUGCAGGAGGGGUUUGCUGUGGACAACCCAGAGCACAUUACCAAGCUGAGGAAGAAGUGUGAGGGAAAAGUGGUUCUGCCGGACAUGGUGAUGCCCUCAGCCCUGGAGCAAAGGAGCCAGCCCAUGCUCCUUCCCGAUCCUAUCUACCUCUCUCCUUCCGAUGACUACUACCUUGUAUACGUGUCUUCCGUGCAUACCCCAGGAUGUCUGUAUUUACAGCUCACCAAGUUUUCUGAGAGGCUGGACAAACUGAUGGAGGAAAUAAAUGCCAAACUAUCAGAUAAGAAAGCUCCCCCUCUGCCACAAGACUGGCAUCCUAGAGUUGGGGAAGUGUGCUUGGCCAAAUUCCAUGAGGAUAAUAGAUGGAAUAGAGUGCAAAUUAUAGACGUUCUCGGAGAUGACCGGUACGAAAUAUUCUACUUGGACUAUGGAGACAGGGAAGAGGUUGCUAAGGACUGGCUACACCCUGCGUGGAACAACAUCCUCAUGCUUCCGUUCCAAGCCAUCCAGUGUAGUCUCACCAACAUCUCCCCGACACAGGACCCGUGGAGCGAUGCCGCUGGCGAUGCAUUGUGGGAUAUGUGUCUGGAGGGCGACAACAAGAAGUUGCUGAUGGCAAAAAUCAUAUCUGAGGUAGGGUCAGAGUCUGAAUCCAGGCAAGUUGGAUCCUCAGCCUAUGAGAUUGAGUUGUAUGAUACCAGCAGCGAGCGAGACGUUGUGAUUGGUCAGGAGCUGGUGCAUGCUGGGCAUGCUGUGGGCAACGAAGCCUUCCUACAGAACAUGUUCCCGACGGCUGCAGUAGAUGACGCUACUGAGCCGCCGCUGUCGACGGAGAUCGGUAACAUGCUGUCCCAUCUCUGCCUGCAGCUGUACCUCACAAAGAAUGAAUACGACCAGCUUGAAGUAGCUUCCCAAAUUAAUGAGCUGAUAACGACAUUAAGCCAAUCUGAAUGCUCAACUGAAGUGGAUGUCACCCCUCUGUGUCGUCUUGUUGCUUCCGGACGGUGUAAGCGGGCCACAGAGAGCCUGGCGGCCAGCCUUGCCUUAGUUUGCUUCAAGAGUGCCAAAAACUGCGAGAUGAUGUGCCGGUGUGGAGGUUUGAAGGAACUUUGCGAAUUGCUACUGAAGACAGAGGAUGUCAGUCUUCAGGAGUACAUAUCCUACAUUUUAAUGCUUUCCUCGGGUAAUCAGAGGAGCAUCCGUGAAUAUGGUGGCAUCAACGCCUUGUGCCGUAUCCUUGAAACACCGGCCACCGUCGACAUACUGAAUCAGGCCAGUGCUGCAUUGGCAGCCCUCGUUGCGGACAACAGCAAAAACCAGUGUGCUGUGAAUGAGGCAGGUGGCCUGGGAACUGUCUGCAGGCUGCUGAGUACCAUGAAGAAUGAGGACUGUCAUAUGAAUCUCUUGAGGGCGCUGUCCAAGAUGGCCGCCAAUGGAGGGACCAGGGACAUGAUCCGUGAAGAGGGAGGCCUUCUUACCCUCUGUGAUUUGCUGUGGGACACCAUGGACAGUCCGACCGUGCACCUCUUGGUCCAAGCUCUGGCCUCGCUAAGCUGCAACAACCCACGGAACCUGGAGGUAAUGGCUGACCUAGCGCUGAUGGACUGUGUGGAAGGGCAACUGAUGUGCAUGAGUCAUUCUGAGACCACCCAUCGGCUGCUUGUCACAUUGCAUAUUCGCCUGAUAGAGCACUCCAAGACCCAGACUGACCAAUCAGACUACAUCUACCAGCCCGGCAACCAAUCAGGUUGCACUGCCAGCCAGUUGACCACCGGGGCUGCUACCACUGCUAACCUGUCGGGCCCCACACCAUCACCGAAUCACAAGCCACAGCCUGUGUCAAAGGUCAUCAGCAUUGAGGAGGUGACAGAGACGAGAAAAAAGCUAGAGGUCGAGAAAGACGACGACGCCUUGGCAGACAUGCCACCUCUGGAGAUAGAUGCAGCUCACGUGCUGCCAAAAGUGCAUCCUAAGGUCCUGUGGUCCCAGCGCUCCAAUUCGGUGGUCCUCAGUGUGCAGCUCCGAGGGGUCUUGACCUUUGACCUGGACGUGACCUCAACCAGUGUCAGUUUCAGCACCAUACUGGACGAAACCAACUAUACCUUCAGCUUGGACCUGUACAGCCGUGUCAGGACGCCAGAGCACACUGCGGUCACCUUGGGGAGCGAGGUGUUGAUCACUCUGUACAAGGAGACCGUGGGAACCAGCUGGUCCCGUCUGACUGCCAGCAAGGCCAAGUUGGCCUUUGUUGGUGUCGACUUUGAGCGAUGGACAUUAGAGGAUACUGACUCGGAUGACGACAUCGCACAGCGGUUUGGCAUCAAGAAGAAACCACCUCUACCUCAUCGCCCCAAGACCCGACCCAGUCAGAGUGGCAUCCCCAUUGCCUCGGUCCCAGAGCUGGACACCUCAGAGAGCUCCGACUCCUACUUGGAGGUCUCAGAUAGUGAGGAAGAUGCAGAGUUUGGCUUUGCCAGUGACCAUUCAGACACGGUCGACCAACCACCUUCCUCAUAGUGUCCUGAUACGGAUGAUUGGGGAAUACUUCAAGUGUAGCUGCAGUGAAUUUUUCUUUGGCGCAACUUCUCAGCAAUUUGUUUGUACUCGUUCUCAGUGUGUGAAAACCACUUCACUGAGGGCGAUGUUGCCGUGAUGUCAUCCAGGGAGACAAAACUCAGUGCAUUGGUUUUUCUGUUCAAAUUGUGAACCCAGAAGUUGCUUGCUGAAAAUGUGUGAGAAAGGGACGGAUGCUUGUUUAUUGCCAUUAGAGAUGCCACCUUUCCGGAACAAAAAACAAAAACGGGAAUACGUUUAUUUUCACCUCGAAUGCAUCUCAAGUUCAAUGACAGCCACGCACUGCGUUCACGCAUGCAUGUGAAUGUGUAGCUCUGUCCCUUAGUAGCCUUAGUAGCCUUACAGGUCAUCAUUUCACAAAAUUGGCUGAUUACGGUGUAUAAUAUUCAUUGCAACUUACAUUCCACUCACUUGUUUCAUGUUUGAGUCAACUGCUUUGUGAAAAUUCGAGGAAACAGUGCGACAUUUUCAACACUUAAAUUGAAGGAAAUUUAUCUUGCGUAAAAUCUAUGGGCGUUCCUAGUGCAAGGGAACAACAUCUGCGGGGUCAGAGUGAGAAACAGACAUGACAGGUGCUCAUUUCCUUUAAGAAGGAGCAGUUUUCAACGGCUAGGAGUAAUCAGUGAAUUUACCUUGGAGUAACGUGCGUCCUCGACAAUGUAGCAUUGCAGAUUCAUGGAAAAACUUCAUCCAGGAAAGCAGCAGUCAACUCUUGUUGUGACACCGAAAUGGGCAGGUCUACAUGGUAAUACACGGUUUAUUUUUAGCUGCAUUUAGGUUUAUCUGUUCAUUAAUGGAGACUCCCACAACAUUUGCAAACACUACACAGAAGGAAAUUGGUGCUUGUUAAAGGAUGUGAUGUGCGAAGUGAAAUUAACUCUUUUACUAUGGUUGGCCGACCGCCGUUAUAAAAGAGAACAAAAUUUUAGAUUUUCUUGAAAACAGCAGCAUUCUGGAUGGAAAUA